GACCUCUGGCUGGUACACUUCUUCCCUGGAUGCCCUUCUCCCAGCAUCCUCAAGCAGCAGCUCCCGCUACCAGAUCUUGGGAGCGGGGAAGGUUCGCAAAACACUUCGGGAGCUCUAGAAGUGUGGAUUCGUUGUCACCUCUACCAGCAGCUUGGAAAAUCCCCCCGCGAGCGAGCACGCGAGUACACACACACACAUACACACGCGCGCGCACACGCGCACACGUUACCACCCUCUCUCCUACGUCCCCUCUACUCCCUUUUUACUAUGAAGGUUUCUAGGCUUGUUUGAAAGCAGCUCUGCUUAAGAUGUUGAGACAACGGCCGGGGGAUGUGCAGCUCGGGGCUUCCCCAUAUGAAUUGGUGGGCUAUAGGCAGCCUCUGUCCUCUUCCUCUGCCACUGCUACCUUCCUUCCCAAGCAAAUCCACGAGAAGCUGGAACCGCCUCUGGAGCAGCUGCAGCAGGGCGUGGGAAAAAAUGCCAAGGGUGGCAGCGGCUGUGGCGAGAGUGGGAGCAGCAGCAGCAGCAGCAGCAGCAGCAAGACGGAGUUGAAGGAAGAGCAGCAGCAGCUGAGGAGGAAAAUCAAUAGCCGUGAGAGGAAAAGGAUGCAAGAUCUCAACCUGGCCAUGGACGCUCUGAGGGAGGUCAUAAUGCCCUAUUCUGCCGCCCAUUGCCAGAGUUCCCCGGGCAGGAAGCUCUCCAAAAUCGCCACGCUGCUGCUCGCCAGAAACUACAUCCUUCUUCUGGGCAGCUCCCUGCAAGAGCUGCGGCGGAUCCUGGGCGAAAUGAGCGGGCCCGGGCCGCGACUGCUGCUCGCCGGCUUGCCCCUGUUCGCCGCCCCGGGAUCUGUGCUGCUGGCCCCAGGGGGAGUGAACCAUCCGGAGACUCUACACUCCAGCAAGUACCUGUCGCUGGAGGAGCCGCCGUGUGGUCAGUUUCCUCUCCCCAGCAGCCCUGGCCUCUGCACUUGUGCUAUUUGCAAAUUCCCGCAUUUAAUUCCUUCCGGCCUCGGGCUAGCUGCGGUGCAGACGCAGUUCUCCAAGUGAAGAGACUGGGUAGACCCCAUUACACCCCUCCCCUCUUUUCCCUCCCUAGCCUGCCACCACCGCCCCACUGAUAUCACCACCACUACCACCUUUGCCUCCUCUCCAGUCCCCACUCCCCGGUGCCACUAGCAGCAGCAGGAAAAGAACGCAGGGGUGGAGGGAGGUGUGAGACUACAGAAAGCGAGAGAUGGAGACUCUCUUUGGUGAUGGGGGAAUGGGGGGGAGACUCCCUCCAAGCUCAUUUGCAGUUAUAGGGACGUGAUGAGUGAAGAAACAAUAAAAGAUGCGGGUUUUGGCUUUUAGGGGUUUUUUGUGUUUUUUUUUAAUUCUGUUGGAUCUUUCCCUGUAGAUUUCUCACUUGCAAGAGGGUGGAUUAAAAUAGAAUGCAGCCUAAUCUCUCUUUUCAGUCCCUCUACUCUCCUGACGCCUCCCCGCUUCACCCCUCCUUGAUCUGCAGGUGUAGAUCUAGCCGACUUUUUCUUGUCCUUUUCUUUCCAUCUCUAAAUGUCGGGAUUGUUCACGUCUCUUAUUUUGCCUCGAAGAAAACCACUCUUUCCUCGUCUCCAGUAAGCUGUUCUCGGGCGAUUAUGUUAUGAGAGGGGGUGUCAAGGGGUGGGGUUCUUUCCCCUACAGGAACAGAGAAUAGCAGCCUUUGUGUCUACUUUUCACUAGCUUCGGACGGACUCUUCGAGAGGAAUGUACGUACAGAGAAUAGGAUCUAGGAAUCCUUCGGGUGUCUGGAAGAUCCCUUAGUAGAGACUGCAACGUUUGGGCUGAGGCUAGCUUCGCUCGCUGCAAAGCGCUGGGGGUGAGCAAGCUGCAGUACUGAGUUCAAAAAUUCAAAUCGUGUUGGAAAUGCUGGUCUAAGACGACGUUUACCUUCCUUUAAGGCUAGCUUGUUAUUUUUCAGGGAACUUCGUAAGUUUUUAAAUGUAAUUUCUUUUUUGUUUGUUUUAUUUUUUUCCUUCGAGCGUCGCUAUUCCUUUUUUAGGAAUGGAAACGAAGAGAUUUCCAAUUUUUGCCAGUUUUUCGGGUUAGCCUAACCAGCAUGUGAGUUUGGUAAACAUUCAGAUGAUGCCCUCCCUUCAAGCAACAGUUUUCCUAGAUUACUGAAAAUAGAUACACUCUUCUCACACUCUGACCUAACAGGAAAAAAAAACUGGAUUAACUUUUAUUUCAUUUAAAAACAACAACAACAACUUGAAAUUGCCAGGAAGCAAGUAGUUAAGUUGGUCCUUUAAUCAAUAAAGCGAUCAGUGAAGAGUUUCCUUCUAGGUCCAUCCUGGGCACUGGAUUCUAACAGAAGUUUUAAUAAAUACACAGCCCUGUUUCUUCCUAUUCACCCCAUAUUAGAGUACAUAGAUUUCAGGUCUUAAUGGGCAUUAAGUAUAUUGGUUUGGCUUUUUUUUUUAAUAUCAGGAUAUGACUUUGGAUUUUUAUUGUGGGAAGAUUUUGUUGUUAAAAACCCAUUUUAAAACUAACCAUCUUUCCCUCUUGUGCUGUUGAAUCAUCACAAUAAAUUAAUUUUUUAAAAAC